CUUGCAUGCCACUGCUACUCAUGACCACCACCCUUACCCGGAUGCUCAAUGGAAGCUAACUACUUCGCCUGCACGCUCGGCCAGGCCUCGGCACUGAACGCAGAGUCCAAGCCGUACCGGACCAUAAACGAGUUUCUGGUCUAUCAGUCCAGAACGUGCGGUUCCAAACCUGCAGUGGGUUUUCCGUUGCCUCACAAUCAAGAUGCAUGGGAAUAUGAGUUGCUCACAUUUGACGAUGUGUUUACGGGAACGCAAGUCUUUGCACAGAGACUCUCCAAGUCCUUCGGUUCGGCUUCGGCACGCGAGCAAACAGUAGCCCUUAUGGCUCAUAGCUCGCCGGAGUUUCUCUUCACAUGGCUUGGUCUAAUGUACCUGGGGCAUUCAGUCCUUCUACUUGCGCCACAAUGUCAACCAGGUGCUAUUACACACCUUUGUAAAGCAUGCAGCGUCUCACUGUUCUUCUACGAUGCGGGACAUUCUCAACGUGCAGGGGAGGCAGCGAAACUACAGCAAGAUGAAGGUGGAACGAAAUUCUCAAUUUGUCAAACACCACUGGGUGCAGAAGAAGAUAUCUUCCAGGUCAUCCGGACGCCACGGCCAAACUAUGCGCCAUCUCCCAAGGUAGAUGAAUCCUCUGUGGCCUAUCUACACCAUACUUCGGGCACUUCGUCUGGCCUUCCCAAGCCAAUCCCACAGAGUCAUCAUGGAGCAAUCGGGGUUCUGCCCCAUCUGGCUUGCCCCAGUCCGCGAGCUACUUUCACAACAACGCCUCUAUAUCAUGGAGGUAUUGCCGAUACCUUUCGUUCAUGGACGAGCGAUUCUCCGAUCUCGUUGUUCCCGAGCAAGGACGUUCCCAUUACUGCGCGCAACAUUUGCAAGUGUUUGGAGGUGGCUGCUUCCACUGCACAGCUACCAGCAAUAAAGUACUUUUCUUCGGUACCGUAUGUGCUGCAAAUGAUGGAGGCCGACGACAGAUGCUUGGACAACUUGAAGCGCAUGGAUAUUGUGGGUGUCGGUGGAGCUGCAUUACCGGUCGAGGUAGGAGAUCGUCUCGUGCGCAGCAAUGUCAAUCUCAUAUCAAGGUUUGGCAGCGCAGAGUGCGGAUUCCUGUUAUCGUCUUAUAGAGAUUUUGCUCAAGACAAGGACUGGCAGUAUUUGAGGAAUUACAAUCCUGGGAAGCUUGUGAACUUUGAAAACCGCGACGACGGUCUGGCGGAAUUGGUUGUCAAGCCUGGAUGGCCGCAUAUGGCGAAGACUAACCGGGAAGAUGGUUCUUUCGCAACAGCAGAUCUAUUCGAGCGUCAUUCGAAGAUUGAGAACGCAUGGUUUUAUCAUUCGAGAGCCGAUUCACAAUUAACUCUAAUAACCGGCAAGAAGUUUGACCCAGCUCCUGUCGAAGCUGCAAUCGCUACAGCCGAGGAGCUAGACGAUGUUCUGAUAUUUGGAGACAACCAUCCAUAUCCAGGAAUACUUUUGCUUCGCUCCGAGAAGUGGGGUAGACGAUCAGACCAGGAGCUUUUGGAUGCAAUUUGGCCGCAAAUCGGCAGGCUGAACCAAGAAAGCCAGGACCACGCGCGUAUACCACGACAUAUGCUUGUCCCCGUGGAACACCAGGAGAGACAAUUGGAAAAGAGCAGCAAAGGAACGAUACUCAGAAAGGUCGCUGAGGCAAGAUUCAAGGAGUUGAUCGAAGCUGCUUACAAAAUGGACAAUGAACACACUAUCAAGAACUUGGAUGACAAGGACUUGCCGCAGUACCUUGCCAAACUUGUCCAAGCUAUGACACAGAGCCCAGAGCCACCUGAAGAAGACGCCGAUCUCUUCUCUUAUGGCGUCGACUCAAUUGCUUGCAUGCGAUUGCGGAGCCAAUUGCACCAACUCACCCCGAACUAUAACCAAAGGCUCCCACUCAGUAUCGUAGAAGACUGCGGUACUAUCCGCGGUUUGAGCAGCUACAUCCUGCGCAAACGGCACGGGGAGACUGAUGUCAAUGCCGAAGAUGAGAACCAGGUUAUGCUUGAUCUUGUCAACGAACUCGGUAACUUCAGCGGCCAUGAGCCAGACCCGCAAGAGCAGCCAAAUGGAACAACAGGCAAAACAACCUCCGGCGAGGUCGUAGUCCUCACCGGUGCCACCGGUGCCCUCGGCGCACAUACUCUCGAUCUCCUCCGCUCCUCAGACACUGUGUCUGCAAUCUAUUGUCUCGUCCGUGGCGCAGACUUGGCCGCAGCCAAAGAGCGCGUCAGCAAAGCUCUUGCACAGCGAGAUCUACCCGACCUCUCCCUGCAGUCCAGUACCAACGACAAGAUCAAGAUCAUACAGGCUGCAUUAGGAGAGCCCCGACUAGGCUUGUCAGACGACAUCUACAAUUACCUUGCAGCAGAAGCGACAUCCAUCCUCCACGUUGCCUGGACCGUCAACUUCCGACUCAGACUGCGCAGCUUUGCGAAGGACAACCUGGCAGGCGUAAGAUAUUUGAUAGACCUCGCGCUUGCAGGUGGACGCGCCGAGCCACCACGCUUCGCAUACUGUUCGUCUACUGCUGCCGCCAUGAACGGUGUACGCGAUGAUUCGGGGCGCCUGUCUGAACGUCUGUCUGAUGAUCCGUCAUCUGCGAGCCCACUCGGAUACUCGCGGUCCAAAUGGGUCGCCGAGCACAUCUGUCUCUCCGCACACCAUCAGACCAGGUUGAAGGGUCGCAUAUCCGUAAUGAGAGUGGGACAAUUGUCCGGCGAUUCACAGACUGGCAUCUGGAACACGAAAGAGGCAUGGCCGAUGAUGUUCAGCACUGUGCGUCUCAUUAGCUGUCUUCCCCAGCUCGGGAACGAGCCCCUCGACUGGCUGCCCGUGGACAUUGCGGCUCAAGCCUUUGUCCAGGCCGCGACGAGACCUGUCGGAAGCGGUGAAGACAUCCAAGUCUACCACAUUCUCAACCCGCACCGAGAACCGACGUGGGCGACUAUGCUCAAGUGGAUGAAGAAGAAAGAGCUGUUCAAGGCCGUGCCGCCGGAGGAGUGGAUACGGAGGCUAAGAGACUGCAAGGAGGAUGGGCAUUCGGCGAUGAAGCUGUUCGGGCUGUGGAAGGAGGCCUAUGGAGAUGGGAAAAAGAAGGAGGAGGUUGAAGGGAGGGGCGCAGGCUUUUCGAUCGAGGAGACGGAAAAAAGCGUCGAGGCGAUACGGAACGUAAGACCCCUGGAUGAAGAGUAUGUGGGCAGGGUAUGGGAUUGGGUGCAAAAGAACGUGGACUGAGAAACGGAAG